AUGGAGGAGAUUGGAAUCGCUUCGCUCAAGCGCACUGAGCCAACGCUCGAAGAUGCAGCUGCAGAGAAGGCUGCAAUUCACCAGGAGAUGCAAGCAGAGGAGGACACAUAUCUUCGAUACAAAAAGUUACAACAACACCUUGAGUUUCUCAACACUAUGGAAGAGUACGUCAAGGACGAGCAACGAAAUCUGAAACGCGAGCUUGUAAGGGCGCAAGAGGAGGUCAAGCGCAUUCAGUCAGUGCCACUCGUCAUUGGUCAAUUUCUCGAGCCCAUCGACCAACACACCGGCAUCGUCGGUUCCACCACCGGAUCCAAUUACGUUGUCCGAAUUCUUUCCACAAUCGACCGCGAGCUGCUCAAAGCCAGCUCCAGUGUUGCACUACACCGUCACUCGAAUGCUUUGGUUGAUGUGCUGCCACCUGAGGCAGACUCAUCCAUCGCUAUGCUGGGUCAGGACGAGAAGCCGACCGAGACCUACCAGGACAUCGGUGGUAUGGACAUUCAGAAGCAGGAGAUCCGAGAAGCUGUAGAGUUGCCAUUGGCACAGUUCGACUUAUAUCGCCAGAUCGGUAUCGACCCACCACGCGGUGUAUUGCUCUACGGACCUCCCGGUACAGGAAAGACCAUGUUGGUCAAGGCCGUUGCCAACGCCACCACUGCCAGCUUCAUCCGUGUUGUUGGUUCCGAGUUUGUACAGAAGUAUCUUGGUGAAGGUCCAAGAAUGGUACGAGAUGUUUUCCGACUUGCGCGCGAAAAUGCACCCGCCAUCAUCUUCAUCGACGAGAUCGACGCCAUUGCGACAAAGCGUUUCGACGCACAGACCGGUGCGGAUCGUGAAGUGCAGCGUAUCUUGCUCGAAUUGCUCAACCAGAUGGACGGUUUCGACCAAGGCAGCAACGUCAAGGUCAUCAUGGCAACCAACCGAGCAGACACACUCGACCCAGCGCUUCUUCGACCCGGUCGGUUGGAUCGAAAGAUUGAAUUCCCAACACCAUCACGUCGUGAGAAGCGUCUUAUUUUCCAGACCAUCUGCGGCAAGAUGAACUUGAGUCCAGAGGUCGACCUCGAGGACUACGUUGGGCGACCCGACAAGCUUUCCAGCGCCGAGAUCGCCAGUAUUUGCCAGGCGGCAGGUUUGCAGGCUGUGCGCAAGAACCGAUACGUCAUCAUGCCCGAGGACUUCGAGGAAGCGUGGAAGCAGAUCGUCAAGAAGCCGGACGACUCGAAGAUGGAUUUCUACCAGUAG